AUGAAUGUCUUCGGAGAAGACUACGUCUCUCAUAAUCUCCCGCUGAUCUUUGUGUCCGGCUUGCGCGAAGAUGCUGGCUCCACCAAACAGACUGCGAGGCAGCCCCAGGAGGGCGGCUUCCGCAUCAGAACUGAUCUGCCUGCGAUAGAGACAGCCUUGGCCGAGUCUGUCAGCAAAGCAAUCUAUAGAUUUGAUGGAUCAGAGGCGCCAUGGAGGACCGUCUCGCCGCCGACCAAGUUAUUUGCAGUGAGGAAUGUUGGCCGGUCGUUCACGCUUCCUCCUCACAAAGCGCCUCCUCCGCCGCACUCACCUCGCCUGACCAACAUAGGGCCUGGUCCGCCGCCUUCGCUGGUCCUACACUCCCCGUUGUCUCCUUUGACGCCGAUCUCACCCCUAUACCCUGAUGGUGUCAUUGACCAGCAAUGGAUAGCCAAGCACCAAUAUCAUUUGCCAAGUGCCAUACUCAUGGUCUUGCCUUUGACAGCAGAUCCGAACACGAGUUCGCUGCUAGACAACCAGCUCAGAGCCGAGGUCAAUGGCGUCAAAUCGGCGCUCUCGUCUACAAAUUACAAAACAAAACUCGUGGUCAUACUGCUGGGCGAUGAGGUUGUUGCACCGGCCGAAGUUGAGGAGCGCAUUGCUGCCAUUCGCAAGCUGACCUUGCUAGAGCAGCGUAGUCUGUGUUUUAUACCUUCGGACUCCUCGCCACAAGAUGUGCUAGAAGUCAUCACAUCGCUGCUCAAUGCUUUGCACCCACAAAGCAUCGAGUAUUACCGUGAACUUUCCAAGCAUACCCGCAGAAAGCGCAAUCGCAACGCCACGCCGCAGCCGACCAUCCCUCCAACGACGGCGCAUAAUCUCCCGUCUCAAGGAUGGAUCGUGCGGUACGAAUUCAAGCUCGCUGUCUUUGCAGAGUUCCGGCAGGAAAUGGAUGCUGCGUAUCGCAGCUACGAAACAGCAUACGAGACCCUGUUCACUCCGGAAUUGAUCGAUUCGGCUGAUGUCCCGGGUCUGCAAACUUACGGCUCUGUCUUUAUUUCAUCAGAUCAACCUGUGGCAGUUCCAGAAGCUAUACCACCGGCAGAUCAAUUACACCACCAGGGUUACUGGCUACAGAGAGCUCAGAAGCAUACGAGACGUCGGCGCGAACGAGCAAUCGACACUCCAGAGGAAGAUCGACAAAUGCCUGUGAAGCCGCCAACAGCUCACCCAGGUAGCAGGUCACAGAAGUAUGAUACGUACCUCGUGCCUGAACCUCACGAGGAAGCGCCGCUUGAUCGUGGCGACGGAUUCGAUCACAAAGCAGAAAUCCUUCGCCUUCUCGAUUCGGCAAACGACUUCUUCGCACGACAUGGGCAACUUCGCCUGCAAGAACAGCUGCAGCUGGAUCGGGCCAGAGAGCACACUCGAACUGGGUCUUGGACAGAUGCAAUCGAGGUCUUGCAGCCCUUGUGGGAGAAGUCAACGUGGCGGAAAGCAGGUUGGUGGCGUCUUCUGGAACACGUUGGCUGGCUUUUGUUCGAGUGUGCGAGGGAGGCAAAUGACACUGACCUUCUCCUGCGACUUGUGUGGGAGCUUGCGAACGAUUCGUUUAGCUCAAGACCUGACUUCGAUUACGGCCUGGACGCAUCGAUUAGGGAUUAUGCAGCUGAUGAAAAGCUAUCUGUUGUUUUCACUAUACAGGAUACGGCUUCCCGCAUCGUCACCAGCUUCGCUUUUUCCACCGCAGAGGGGCAUGUGGGCGAGCCUGUUGACUGUCAACUUGUCAUCAGCUCCCCAACGAUGGCUGGUGUACCUCCUACAACUCUCAGCCACAUCAAGAUUGCGUUCGAAGGGGCUCUGAAGCCAGUUCUUCUGAUCCAUUCCGCGCAGUCUGCUGAGGUCGAGCGAGCUGGGACAAUCUCCGCUGAUAUUCACCUUGAGGAUUCGACUCAGCUGACACAGGCAGAGAAAAGGCAUUCGUCAAGUGCUCUGCCAUCCGUGUCGGGCCAGGCGGAUCUCAGCAUUCAUCCUGGACAAACCAAGAUCUUCAAUAUCUCAGUGAUACCACGUGAACCAGGAGACCUAACAGCAGCGUCGCUAACGGCAAUGAUAGAAGCAGAGAAGUAUUCAAUAACCGUCAUUAACACGGAAGCCGCGCAGACCGAAAGCACUUGGUGGGAGACCAGAGAUAGCAAGCCACUCCGGCGAGAAAUUGGUGUGCAACGUGCUGUUACCACGUUCCAUGCACUUCCAAAGCCACCGAAAGUCGAAAUAAGCGCAAUCAACUUCAGGAAAGCGUACUACACCAAUGAGAGAGUCGUGAUCGAAUUGAUGGUGCUCAACAAUGAAAAUGAUACGGUUGUUUCGAAAUUACAGGCCCGAUUGAUCAGUCCUUUGACUGAAGCUGCUCAUGUCAGUUGGGUCGAUCAGGAUAGCAGCGAAGAGACCAAGGUGCAGGAUGUUGAACAGCUCUUACCCGCACGAAGUCUCGAAGAACUUGCUCCAGGGUCAUCUGCCAAGCUCUCCCUAAGUCUGUCAGAGACGUUCGUCGCCAUAGACCACGAGCUCGAGGUCAGCAUUCUUUACAGCAUGAAAGCUGAUCCAGGCACGCUAUUACAGAAAACUCUCACUCUCGAUAUCGCCAUCAUUCGGCCUUUCGAAGCCAAUUACGACUUUGUUCCACGACGAUCGACAGGAGACUGGCCAAGCUAUUUUGCUCCCCCGCCCACCAGCACAGAUGUCCCGAGCGGACUGACACAGACCUUUUCUGUGGCUGCUAACCUCUUCUCCUUUGCGCUUGAGCCUGUCGUAAUCGAAGCCAUUUUACUGACCACCUCUUCCAUUACGGGUGGCGCGAUUUGCUCAUCAACGACUGGUACGCUGCUCAACCCGUCCGGGGCAGAACCCAAUGCAGAAGACGACAUCUCCACCUCUAUCGCGCCAGAAGAAACCAAAAACUUCAAUUUCGACCUCACCAUCCAGAAGCUCGUUCUGGGUGAUCGCGAGACCGUCUCCCUCGAGCUUCUCUUAGAGAUCGGAUGGCGAAGACCAGGCAGCGACCUCGUCAACACCACGAUCUUGGAAGUACCACGCUUUGCUGCCCAGCCCGCAAGACAUGCAGCUUAUCUCAUUGCGCUACACGAUCGAAAACCCAUCAAUGCACUUCUUAACAUUCAAUGUUCGAUGGAGGCGAGUGAGGACUUUGCGUUCAGUGGGCCAAAAGCAAGUGCGGUCAGUUUGGUGCCGAUCAGCAAGUACGAGAUAGAUUACAAGAUCCUGCCCAACAAGCGCGACACGGAAGGUGCGAAGGAGCGGAAGAAGGAGAAAGACAAGAAGGGAGAGUGGCUGAAGGUGCAAUUAAACGUGGUCGAUGCUUACUUCAAUCAGACGCUGAGAGUCCAGCCUGCUGGUGACGGGGUGAAGUUGGAUAAGAGAGGAGGUGUCGUUGUGUUGAUAGAAUAG